UCAUCUGCAGCGCUAAACUCUAUACUGCACCGCUACCUGAGAGAAAGAGAGAGCAAAUGAAAGAGAGAGAGCAAGCGAGCGCGCGCUCCAAGUGCAGGUUUCUGGGUUGGCAGCAGAGCGCGCGAAUAGAGCGUGGCACGCGGAAUAUUGGCCAAAAUUACCACGAACUCAAACAUCAGGAGACUCUCUGGGGGGAAGCGAUCAAGAACGCCAUCCUUCAUAAACCUAUUUCUCCUAAACGCUCAAAUUAUCCGGGCAGGAGCAGCCAUGCCAUUUGGCUGUUUGACUCUGGGAGAGAAGAAGGACUAUAACAGUCCUUCAGAGGUCACUGAUAAGUAUGACCUGGGACAGGUAGUGAAAUCGGAGGAGUUUUGUGAAAUCUUCAGGGCGAAGGACAAGAACACACUGAAAAUGUACACCUGUAAAAAGUUCCUGAAGAAAGACGGGAGAAAAGUACGGAAAGCAGCCAAAAACGAGAUUCUCAUCUUGAAAAUGGUGAAGCAUCAUAACAUCCUCCAGCUGGUAGAUGUCUUUGAGACGAGAAAAGAGUACUUCCUCUUUCUGGAGCUGGCCACAGGAAGGGAGGUGUUCGACUGGAUCUUAGACCAGGGCUACUACUCAGAACGUGACACCAGCAAUGUGAUUCGGCAGGUGCUCGAGGCUGUGGCUUACCUGCACUCUCUCCACAUCGUUCACAGAAACCUAAAGCUGGAAAAUCUGGUCUACUAUAACCGUCUGAAGAACUCAAAGAUUGUAAUCAGUGACUUUCAUCUGGCCAAACUGGAAAAUGGUCUCAUCAAAGAGCCAUGUGGCACACCAGAGUACCUUGCUCCAGAGGUGGUUGGCAGACAGAGAUAUGGCAGACCAGUGGACUGCUGGGCCAUCGGGGUGAUCAUGUACAUCUUACUGUCAGGAAACCCACCUUUUUAUGACGAGACAGAAGAUGACGAUUAUGAUAAUCAUGAUAAGAACUUGUUCCGGAAAAUUCUGUCUGGAGACUACGAGUUUGACUCACCCUAUUGGGAUGACAUCUCAGAUUCAGCAAAAAGCCUAGUUGCAUGUUUAAUGGAUGUGGACCAGGACCAAAGACUGACUGCACAGGAAGCCAUCAACCAUGAGUGGAUAUCUGGAAAUGCUGCCUCAGACAAGAACAUCAAAGAUGGCGUUUGUGCUCAGAUUGAGAAAAACUUUGCUAAAGCUAAAUGGAAGAAAGCUGUUCGUGUGACCACCAUGAUGAAGAGACUCAGGGCUCCAGAUCAGAGUGACUCUGGAGCCUCUAGUCCUGCACUGGGAGCCUCAGGAGGACCUGUUACCCCCAGCCCCACCCCUGUUCCAAUGGCUGCCACACCAGUGCCUCCCCACAGCACCCUGGUAGGCCCAGAUCACCCCGAGGCCCAGGGACAGGAGGCAUCAGCUCCAACACGGUGUAAUGGAGAGAUGUUGACAUCCCAGCAGCGUUAGUGAGGAGACAAGGGAAGGAUAGAAUGGCUGAUUACAUUCAGAGAAAUAUAGUAACAAAUAGAGCAGCACCAUAUUGAAAUCUAAUGGUGGAGCAAAGUUCAAUUGUGCUUAAAAGCUUGAUCGCCAUUUUACAUUUUCAUUUGUGCAAAAUGCUAUAAUCUACGAAGACUUGCAGACCCAUAGUAGUCUAAGGCCCGGUUUCACAGACAGAGCUUAGCCUAAGCCAGGAUUAGGCCUUAGUUCAAUUAGGAUAUUUAAGUAACUUUUAUAAAUGUACGCUUAAAAAAAAAACAUUACUGAUGUGCAUCUUGAGACAAAACAAUGGCAAUGACAUAUUUUAAGAUAUGUCAGUACAAGUUGCUUUCAGUUAAAACAGCUCAAACAUGCAUUUUAGUCCAGGACUAGCUUAAGCCUUGUCUGUGAAACCGGGGGUAAAUGUAUUUUCUUAAAUAGCUUUAUCGAAGAAAUAUUGGUUGUUACUUCUCAAAUAAUAAAGUGAUUUAAUUUUCUAAAUUUGCCAUUGUUAAUUCAAAUCAAUUCAAUUGCUGCCAUUACAGUUUAUUUAUUUGGUUCUUAGUGUUACUAAGUUUAUGUGGUUCAAAUAUUUUCAGCUUUAUUUGUUACAUACCUGAAACUUGCAUAUAUUUUCCCACAUUCCUUGGAACAUUUUUUAUAAAAUACAACCAAAUGAGAUUAAUCUAAAAGCAUUAAAGAAGAUAAUUCACUUAAACACAAACAAAAUUAAUAUUAUGCUUUUAAAUCUGGAUAAAAAAAAAUGGUUUGACUUUGAUUUAGACUUUUAUAUAGACUUUCUCCAAUUGUCUGUUCGAUGCAGAAGAGCACAGCUGCUGAAUUAUAAUAUAUAUCAAUAUUUUGUGUCAUAAUAUUGGCUAACUAGCAACUUAAAACUGCUGCUGUACUUCAUUAGUGUACAAAUCAUAUGUUAUGUUAUCAAUACUAUCAUCAUAUCAAUAUAAUUUGGUGUUUUUGUACUGCUGAAUCAUGUUUCUUUUUCUUUCGCUGUACAAUCUUACAAGAAAUUAUGUAGCUCUUUUUAUUCAAUCUGCCCUUAUGUCUGUAUUCUGAAGAGCACUGCAUUUUAUAUGGAGUACAACUGGUUUCAUUGAGUCUGAUACACUGAGACCUACGGGUUUCUAGAACUUUCUGUAAAUGUGCAGUACAAAUGAAGCAAUAUGAAUAUUGCUGUAAUACUGUGAAACUGCUAUACAGGUGAUAAGAUGUUCCUGCCAUAUUUCAUACAGGUAGCCAAGCAAUUUGCUCUUGAUGGUUGUUUGCGUACUCAACAUGAUCUUAUAGCUGUAUAUUAUGUCCAGUUAAUGUAUUCUGCCAAAAUCCAGCUUUUAUUUUUACUGUCCAUGUGGAGAGAGAUGAAACAAAAUGUCUUUAAACUGCAAAUCCCGCUGUAGCUACUGUCCAUUAUGGCCUAUUUAUUUGUUUAUUGUUGUUAGUUUUAAUUGUCUUUAGCAUGACCCAUGGUGAUCACAAUCACAUGUUUAUUUUUAAGCAUUUGCUAAAUAUAAUCCUCAUUGUACAGUAUAGCUUCACUGAGUUUUAUCUGUUAGUAUUAUCUCAGUAAUGUAAAAGGUACUGUAAGGACGUACAUUUUGUUUGACCGCUAUGUGCAUUAGUUUGACUUCAAAUGAAAAUCAGAUCAAAUUUUCUCCUGUUUAUGUUUUCCUCUUUAGGAUGCACUGACUGCAGGCUCUGUAAACAUUGAAAUAUAUUUUCUGAGAAAAGUUUUCGUAAUAGAAGACAGAGCAGAAAAAUAAGUGAUUGUGCAAAAUCAAAGUUAAAUAUGUGUGAUUCAUCAUUAUCAUGUAUCGGCUCAGCCUAAAGUAUUUGUCACUGUUUAUCUGUGGCUUCUGUAUUUUGUUACUCGAUAUGCAGAAUAAAUGUUUUUGGACAGUGUAAGUAUC